UAGCAUACUUAUUGGCAAAACGUUUUCUCGCACCGUGCCGUUUUCGCGUUUUAAUUUUCCUCGUUCCUGCUUCCUUUGUCCUUAACUUAUCCUGUGGUUCCAGAGUCCCUGUCCUCUCCAUUUCCUUUUAAAUAUAUUUUUAAUCCUCAUCCCUAUCCCCCAGUCCUAACAGUUUCAAAAUUUGUAUUGCAAUAAUUUUUUUUUUUUGAAUUCUUCACAUAGGUACCUAGCAUUGACAUGCCACGUUCAGAGUCGUGGACCGCUAAAUACUUCAAAUAUCUUCUUUCUUAAUCUGACAACAUCCCACGUCUCAAAUGCACAUUGUGUGGAAAGAUUUUUCAGGCUGCCCGUCAGUCUCUGUCUAACCGAAACCGUCACAUGCAGCCUGCAGGCUCGGAGCCGGAGAGUGAGGGCCGGCCGGGUGUCCGGCGCCGUCCGGCGCCCUGCUCGGCGGGCCUGCUGCGGCCCUGCAGCUGCCGCGCGCGCCACUGCGCCGCCGCCGCCGCCGAGCUCGACCCGUGGGACCACCGCGCCAUCGAGUACGUCAUGGUGCCCAAGUCGCAGUACCUGUCGCUGUACCGGGCCAACCGGCUGCUGCGCGACCCGUGCUGCUGCCAGGGCCUCGGGCGCGCCAGCAAACUGUGCGACAACUGCCUCCGGCCGACCGUGCUGCUCCGCUCACCGUCACCCGCCUCGGCAGCCGGGGUGGGCGGCAGCGGGGGUGGCAGCGGCGGGAUCACCAGUGACGCCGCCGGCAGCACCAGCAGCAGCGGCGUCAGCAGCAUCCACGGCAGGCGGACGGCCGCGCCCGCACCGGCGCCGGCACAGCGAGCGCAGACGCUGCUGCCGCGUCUGACCAAGAGUCAGCCGGCGGGGAAGAAGGCGGCGCGGCACACCCGGUUCUCCAGUCAGGAGCUGCUGCUGGAUUACGACUCUGACCAGCAGGUGCUCCGGCGCGAGCCGCCCGUCAGAGAAAAGGCGCACAGCUCUCGGGCGGGGAUCGUGCUGGCCGGUAACUGCCACGUGCCUCUGGACAGUGGCAGCGGCACCACUCUGCGGCGGGGGCCGAUGAAGCUCGACUACACCGACAGCUGGAGGUCGCUGUCGCGCAACACCAGCUCCCCUGCCGGCAGCUGCGGCGGCUCGCGGUGACGGCUGCGGCCCCAGAGAGAGAAGUAACCACAGCUCUUAGCGACAGUUGCAUCUCCCCUGCCGGCAGCUGCGGCGGGUCACGGUGACGGCUGCGGCUCGAGGGAGAGUUGCAAGCCCUGGCUGGAAGAAGCUACAGCUCCUAGUGACAGUUAUAGCCCCCGGUGGUCAGCAACUGCAGCUUCCAUCGGCAGCAGGGACAACUCCCGGCGGGAAGUAGCUGCAGCUCUUAGUGACAGCUGCUUCACGGCUGCAGCCUGCAGGUCCCGGCGGAAAGUAGCUGUAGCUCUCAGCGGCAUCUGCAGCUCCCAUUGACAACUAACCGGGACAUGUUUGUCAAUUACCGCUCGAGUAUACAUAUGUGUGGAGUUGUGGACGAAUGUAUGAACGCAUGAGCAUUUGUUUGAAAGGUGAAUGCAAUGACUGGUGUUAGUUGAUUGUGUGAUAUUGAAGUUGUGACUUAUUGUUCUAUCAAUUGUUAUCCAUACAUCGUGAUGGUUCCUCUUUAUAUCCGGUUCGAUUGCAUUAGCUGCAGCCCGUCUGCUUUUUAUGUGUCGUGUCCUUAUGGUCGUAUAUCUUAUAUUGGUAGGUAUCCUGAUAAAAGAAAUGCGUUCGUAUGCGAUAAUUAGUGCUUAUCAUGGUGUUGACUACAGAGACACGUGUAUCAAACAUUGAUCGCAAGGCGAAGAUGUAUGCUGACGUUCAUUUACAAUUUACAACAUAGUUAUGCAGUUACGGUUUCUUUCGGAGGCGUGCUUUCUGCAAUGCGUCUUGCUGAGCUAUUAUCAAUACAUGUUUUGAGCCGAAUA